UUCCUCUUACGGGAAGCCUCGUUUACAAAGUUAGGCAACAACAACACUUCGCUGCCCUGUCAUCGUUAACGCGAACCAAUCACCUUUCAUCGCACCGUUUAUCUCAUGUCAUUUUCAGUCAGUGCCACACGGUGGACCGCCUUCAAAUACGUCUAGAGAGAAGCCACCAGCGGACAGUUUCGACACACACUCAUACACACCGGGGCUUGAACGCGCUUCGAUGUCUCCGUCCUCUCGCUCAUCAAACCGAGUUUUUCCUUCCCGCGCGCGAACAACGCCAACCGUCUCACACACGAGAGCCAGCGCGUCGGAUAACGUCCCUUCGGCGGCGAACCAAGUAGCGCACACCGCUGAGUUUUAUGAAUAACGGCAACUCCGUAGCGCACCUAGCUUAGCCGACUAGCCUGCUAGCGCCCCUUUAUGCUAGCGCCAGCAGAAGAAAGGCCAUCUGGGUUAGCCUGACGUCAAGUGUUUCAAAGGAUAGCGCAACGUCUUGGCACAUCGGGGUUCUCGUCACCUGGACCGAGAAGAGUUACAGAACAAGACAACAUCGAGCUAGGAUGGCAUUGAAAAGGAUCAACAAGGAGCUCAGCGACCUGGGUCGUGACCCCCCAGCCCAGUGUUCAGCCGGCCCCGUGGGAGACGACAUGUUCCACUGGCAAGCCACCAUCAUGGGACCGAACGACAGCCCGUAUCAGGGCGGCGUGUUCUUCCUCACCAUCCACUUCCCCACAGACUACCCCUUCAAACCCCCCAAGGUUGCGUUCACGACGCGCAUCUACCACCCGAACAUCAACAGCAACGGCAGCAUCUGCCUGGACAUCCUGCGGUCGCAGUGGUCCCCCGCCCUCACCAUCUCCAAAGUGCUCCUCUCCAUCUGCUCCCUGCUCUGUGACCCCAACCCAGACGACCCGCUGGUCCCAGAGAUCGCCCGCAUCUACAAAACAGACAGUCAGAAGUAUAACAAACUAGCUCGGGAGUGGACAGAGAAGUAUGCCUUGCUCUAGGGUAAGGGCCAGUGCCUGCAUCUUGUUUAGAUCCUGGGUUGGUUGGUGUGGUUACCGGUAGUUCACCACUAACCUCGCAUCUCCUUCUAACUGGAAACCUCCGAUAACCACCGUGGACCGCAGGGGGUGGCCCACUGUAGUGUGUGUGUGUGUGUGUGUGUGGCUACAGUGUCCCGUGCUGGGGCUGCGUUGUGUUGUGUUGUGGGAUGUGUUGCGGUGUGGAAAUGGUUUGUGUCUGGGGGGGACUGGGAAGACUCCACUAUUGUCUCGAGGCUGACCACCUCAUGUGAAGUGUUGCCAGAUUGGGCGGGAAUAUGGCCCAAUCUGGCAACCCAUCUCGUUGUUUUUUUUGGGGGUGAAUUAGCUGGCGUCCAGACUGGGUUGGUAAGGAUGAUGUUUGAUGAUCGUCUUAACAAUUGUCUGACUGUUGUCUGUCAUUGUUUAAGCUCCAUGAAGUAAAUGCGUAAUGUUGAACAUGAUCAACUAACAUUAUAUAUUGCGAUGGAAAUAAUAACCUUUUUAAUUGCGUAACCUAUUUACAAUAUUCCCUUGUUAACAACUCAACCAGUGUGUUGGCAAGUGGCACGCAGAACAAAGUUUUGCCAUUUUCGUCACCAUGACGACAAGGAGGCUUGCCAUGGGGCAUCCAGUGGGCCCAAAAUGGCGGCCACUUGAAUGAGGUUGGGUGCCGAGGGCAACCGUUGCUAUGGAGCACAGACUGAUAGAAUUUGUGGCUGUUUUUUUGCUGUCCUUUUGGUCCGUGUGUAUACUAACCAGUGGUCAUUCGGUGUGUGUGUGUGUGUGUGUCUGUUCCCGUGUGUGUUGUCUGUUCGUGUGUGUGUGUGUGUGUGUGUGUGUGUGUGUGAGAUCUCUGCCAGCCAUCAGGUCUAACACUGUCUCCUCCCCCUCCUUC